AUGGUAUCCCGUCGGGUCAAGAUUUCUCGCUUUAAGAAGCGUGAAAAUUCGUCUGACAACGCAGCUCAAGAGAGUAUGAAUGCCAAUUCAGAUGACAAGAAAGAAGAGCCCCAGCCUGUAGAGGGCGAUGGAGUGGCUACGGGAACCACGUCGACUACCCCUGAAGAUGAAGAAGCCGGCGUGGCCUCGCCUCAGGAACAGGACCAGCCAGAGCAAAGUGACGCUAACGCCGAUGUCGAGCUCGAUGACACUCCAGCUGAUUCCGCAGCAGAAGCAGAAGAAGCUCCAGCAAGUGAAAAAUCGUCGCCAACUCCCGCUGAAAAUUUGCCUUUGGCGCGCACUUCUCUCGCCUAUUUUUUCAGUCCUACACCUCACCCCACACAAUCACAAUCCUUUCCUCCUUCUCGUCUCUCUUCUUCCUCCUUUUCAGCUUGCAGUCUUCCAGUUGCUCCUCCUCCUUCACCAGCAUCACCCUGUCAUCCUCAGUACGCAGCUGCUGCCUAUUAUCAAGUACCUCCUUUACCAAAUCCUCGACCUUACCUGCCCCAGAUGUAUCCUGGAAGCCACCGCCAGGGACAACCCCCUUACAGCAACAAUAACAACAUGUCUCGCUGGAUGCCCCCGAUGAUGGGAACGCCUGGCAUGGUUCCUGGCAAUGUCCAGUAUCCUCAGCAAGGUAACAUUCAAAGAUCCAUCUUUCCAGUUCUGCCCUUUCGACCCGUUGUACCCCUGAAUGCCCUUGGUCGUCCCCCUGCUACAUCUAGGACUGCUUAUGUUUCUCGCCCUGUGGCUGUUGUUCCUACUUCCACGGCUCCUGUUGUUCAAGAGCCUUCUGUACCUGCUAAUAUGUCUUCUACACCUUCGUCCCCUUCUGCCGAUACUGCCCCUACUCCUAUUAAACCAAAGAAAAAUGAGUACAAAGGCCCACUCAUUGUUUCUUCAUCUCCAGUGAGGCCUCCAAGCCAGAGUCAAUCAGCCCAGCAAACUGUUCAACCAGUUCAGCAGCCUCUUCAGCAGGUUCAGCAACCUGUUCAACAGCAGAGACCAUUUGUUUCUUAUGCUCCUACUUGUCCUGUUACUACCGGCUCACAACUUUUCAUGAGCAACCCUGGACAUGGCUAUAAUGGCCACAAUACCAGAGUUAGAAAUGGCCACAAUACCAACAACAACAACAAUGUUGUUGCUGCCCCAUACUAUCCUACUUCUUUUACACAAAUGCCAAUGCUAGGACCACUUGCUACCGCUCCCCAAGGAAAUGGAUUACCAAACUCUAAUGGUCCCCAUGGCUUGAAUAACAAUACCCUUGCAGCCCCAACUCACUUUGCUCGAUCUUUUCCCAUUGAAGAUCCAUUUGAGGCCGGCACAGGCCCACGGCCAGCUCCAGCCGGUGCUGUUCUGAAGAUCAGCAACAUCCCUUACAAUCUUUUGACACGAGAAGUCAUACAUUUCCUUGGCCGUCGAGCCAAACUGCUCCCAGAGAGCAGAGGGACUUCAGUCCAUAUUAUCAUGGAACGAUCUACAGCUAAGACCAUGGACUGCUAUGUCGAAUUACUCACACAAGCUGAUGCACAAGAAGCCCUUUCAUGGGUCAACCGCAACCUGCCUGCUCAUUCGCCCCGCCUCGGUGAUCGCCAUGUGCUUGUUGAAAUGUCUUCUCAAGACGAAUUACUUCGUGAGAUGUUUCCUCGUGCUAAAUGUGUCCUUUGGAAAAACGGCUUCCCCGAAGUCCAGCCAAACACAGAUAGGUCCCUCUACACAGUUGAACACCGCAAUGUCCUAUUUGAUGCCACCAGACGCCAGCUACGAGCAUUGGUCAUCCAAGUCAAUGCUAGACGAGUUGUCCAACUAGAUGCACGUCUGUUGAGGGAUCUCCUCAACGCAGGACUUCGUUGCCCGACGUUCAAUGAACGUCAGAAAUACCUUCUCCGGGUGGCGGCCGGCCAAGAGCAAGGGGGCAUCCCCAGAACAGCAAUGUUCUGGCCCUUCGACGCCCUCUCGCGCAAGCCCGGUGCGCGAGAGGAGAGCGUGGAGGAGUACGCCCGGCUGAUCCGGGCGGCUGUCCUGCGCCGAGUCCCCAACCUUGGGGAGCUCAAUAACUCGUGGGACGCCAUUCAACAUGGCAACUCGCCCUUCGGGCCACUCAUGCUGGAGUGGCAGGGCGAGGGAGCGCGGCGGAGCCUGCAAGCCGCCAUUAACACUGAGAUCGGGGUGAUGAGAACCCUGAUCUCAGAGGGGCUUGCGGCUGUCAACACCGCCGUUUGA